UCAACAUGGCUGCUUACUGAGGAGCCACGCUGGAGCACUAACUGGAUUUCAGCAUAAGCGAAGAAUAAACUAUUUCUGUCCUAAUUUAGUAUAAAUUGUUCGGAAUCAUGUCUGGUAGACAUAAUAACAAAUUACCAACAAAUUUGCCGCAACUUCAAAAUCUCAUAAAAAGGGAUCCGCAGUCAUACACAGAUGAGUUCUUACAGCAGUAUCGACAUUACCAGUCAAAUGUCCAGAUCUUUAAACAUCAGCCAGAUAAACCCAACAAGGAGUUUGAGGAGCUGGUUAUGUUCCUCGCCCAGAUUGGACACUGCUAUCAGGAACAGUUGGCUAGUUUCCCUCAGGAGUUGGCAGAGCUACUCUUAAGUCAUCAUACAGUGUUGGAAACUAGUCUGCGAUUGACAUUCUGCAAAGCCUUAAUCUUACUCAGAAACAAAGAGUUGAUCAAUCCCACAAACCUCCUAGAGCUGUUCUUUGAGUUGUUGCGCUGUCAUGAUAAAUAUCUCAGAAAGAUGUUGUACACACAUAUUGUGACAGAUAUCAAAAACAUCAAUGCCAAACACAAGAACAAUAAACUGAACACCACUCUGCAGAAUUUCAUGUACACUAUGCUGAGAGAUAGUAACCCCAUUGCUGCAAAAAUAUCUCUGGAUGUGAUGGUUGAGCUCUACAAUAGAAAUAUCUGGAAUGAUGCCAAAACUGUCAAUGUCAUAACAACAGCAUGUUUCUCAAAAGUCACAAAGAUCUUGGUUGCUGGACUAAAGUUCUUUUUGGGGAAAGAUGAGGAUGAAAAGAAGGACAGUGACUCUGAAUCAGAGAAUGAGGGUCCAAGUGCGAGGGACCUCAUGAUUCGGUACAACACAGGAAAGAAGACUUCAAAAAACAAGAAGAAAAUGGAGAAAGCCAUGAAAGUUCUGAAGAAACAUAAAAAGAAAAAACGAGCAGAGGUCUUCAAUUUCUCUGCUAUCCACCUCAUUCAUGACCCUCAAGAUUUUUCAGAGAAACUUUUCAGACAGCUGGAAGACUCCAAGGAGCGCUUUGAGGUUAAGAUCAUGAUGAUGGAACUCAUAUCCAGACUAGUGGGAAUUCAUGAGCUUCUCCUCCUCAACUAUUAUCCAUUUCUCCAACGCUUUCUACAACCACACCAGAGGGAGGUGACAAAGAUAUUGUUGUGUGCUGCACAGUCAUCCCACCAGUUGGUGCCUCCUGAGGUCAUGGAAUCGGUGGUAAUGACCAUCGCCAACAAUUUCGUCACAGAUCGGAAUUCAGGGGAAGUCAUGACAGUGGGUAUCAAUGCCAUCAAGGAGGUGGUGGCCCGCUGUCCCCUGGCCAUGAAUGAGGACCUGCUUCAGGAUCUAACACUGUACAAAGCACACAAAGACAAGAAUGUGACUAUGUCAGCCAGGGGCUUGAUUCAACUUUUCAGAAGUCUGAACCCACACAUGCUUCACAGGAAAGAUCGGGGCAAACCUACAGAAUCCUCCAUUGAGGCACAGAUACAGAGCUAUGGUGAACUAGGGGCAAAGGAUUAUAUCCCUGGAGCAGAGAUCCUGGAAGUGGACAAAGAGGAGGGAGACGAGGACGAGGAUGGGUGGGAGAGUGCCAGUGAUGAGGAAGAUGACGAUGGAGAAUGGGUGGACGUCCAUCACUCAUCAGAUGAAGAACAAGCGGGAAUAGCGGAAAAGCUCCAGAACAUUCCAUUGGAGGAAAGAAAGGCCAAGGCUGCCGCGGUCAGCACCAGCCGCCUUCUCACACAGGACGAUUUCCAAAAGAUCCGCCUGGCACAGAUGGCCAAGGAUCUCAAUGCUGCCCCUGGCAAAGGCCAGAAGAGGAAGAAUGUGGAGAUUGAUGAUGAAGAAGAGGAAGGUGGGGAGUUGCUCUCAUUAAGAGCCAUUGAACGACUGCAUAAGAAACCCAAAUCAGACAAGGAAGCACGACUAGCCACAGCUAUGGCUGGGCGAACGGACAAAAAAGACUUCAUAAAAAAGAGAAAUAAGCUGAAUCCACAUGCCAGCACAAGCAACAAGGAGAAGAAGAGGCAUAAGAACUUUAUGAUGAUGAGGCACAGUCAGAAUGUUCGAACCAAGGGCAAACGCUCCUUCAGGGACAAACAAAUUGCCCUCCGAGAUUCACUGCUGAAGAAAAGAAAACACAACCGGUUUUAAUCGAGUAACUGAGACCACAUCAUUACUUUUGUGCAUCAUGUUAAAUGGUCAUCGUCUGUACAUCUGUUCAAGAGGGCUGUCCCUCUAUUUACUGCAUAAAGCAUAAAUAAAUGUUUGCUUUUUUGUACAGAUCACGCCACCAUUAAAAUCAUUUUAGCCUA